AUGACAACGCCUGGUUUGGGCACAAUGGGAGAGACUAAUUCAACCACAUCCCAAAUCCAAUCUGGAUGGUCUGCUCCAUCCUCUCAAACCCAUACUCCUGCCCCUGCGGCUAUGCUGCCUCAUGUAUAUUCUCCCAUGUCUUUUGACCAGAUGUCAGAUUGCAAACUUCUUGAUAUGGUAGCCCAAAAUAUGAUCAUUUUGAAAAAAGAAUUUUCACAAUUACAAGGUGCCUAUGAGGCCCAAAGUGAUCAAUUAGCACUACUAAGGGCCAAACUAGAGGAACAUUGCAAUCAGUUGCAUAAUCAACACAUUUUUUAUUCCAAUCAAAUCCAAGGAGCCGCUGCUUCCAUUCAGGCUGUACAAGAUCAGCUUAUCCAUCUAUCUCCUUCUUGUUCUACAGCUCCCCCUCCCCCACCUCCACCUGCUGGCACCAAUACAGCCACAAACAUUCCUCCUGCUCCUAUAAUGUCUACCUCUGAUCUGAAGUUUGCCAAACCUAAUAAGUUCAAUGGCAAGAAAGACAACGCCCUCAAUUUUAUUAUUGCUUGUCAAGCUUAUAUAAGGGCAAAAGGAGCCAAUUGCUCACAUGAGGAAAAAAUAUUGUGGGUUACAUCAUACUUUGAAGGUGCAGCAGAAGAUUGGGUUUGCCCAUAUAAGGAAAGGAAGGUGUUUAGGGGAGAGGCAGUCCCACUUUUGGAAGACAUUGAUACAUUUUGGGCCAAGUUUACUAAACAUUACGUGGAUACAAAUUGUGACAAAAAGUACCGCCAGAAGUGGAAUAACUUGCGGCAGAAGGCCUCAGUUCAAGAGUACACUCAAGAAUUCCAACAAUACUCAGUAUCCUUGGGCUACAGCAAUGAGACCCUGUGCAACAAAUACUACAAUGGCCUUAAAAAUGAAAUCAAGGAUAUUAUGCUAUCAACCAUGUUCCAAUGGCGUUGCGCUACUGCCCAACAAGUUUAUGACAAGGCAGAGGAAAUUGCAAACCACAUUGAAUCUACUUGCUUGUCCAAUCCACCCAUCUCCUCCCCUACAGCUUGCACAUCCUCAACUGUUACUUUGCAAUCCACUCCUACUUCCACUUCUACCCGUACCCGUCUCAACAUAGGAGAUAACAUUUACAUGAUUGAUCCAACCACUUGUUGCGCCAAGAAAGGCGCUAUAACUUCCAUAGUACACACAACCUCUGGCAAUAUGCCAAAUGUUAGAUGGAAUGGAGAAUCAAAAGACACUAUGAUUCCAUUCCCCUCUCUUAAAAAAGAUGAACGUCCCGCCACAGCUGCAGCUAUCAAGCCUAUCAUUUCUCCCACUCCUGUCCUAGCCUCAAAUUCUAAAGGUCCAGGCCCCAUGGAUCUUGAUGGGAGGGGCUAUACAAAUCUCACCUGCCAUGUAUGCGGCAGUAAGGGACAUUUUGCACAAAAUUGUCCCUCCAAGCCCAUGUCUGGACAUGUGGCUAAUGUUGAGUGGUCUUGGGAGAGGCCCAAGGAGGAAAAUUGUAUUGAAGUGGUUUCUGAUGAGGAGGAGUCAGGAAAAGGAAAAGCCAAGGCCAAUUAA